AAGGGAGAGCUGCCAGCAAACAGAGCAGCCAGCUCCGACAGCUCUGUUCUCAGCCCAGCAAGGAGGGAGACACGAUGCAGCUCAGCCUUUGGCUGGUGACCAGCUCCCUGGCAGCAGUGCUGGGCAUGGAACAGCUUGAGGAUGGGGUGUGUCGGGCACCAAACGGCAAGGAUGGCUUUCCAGGGAUCCCCGGCCUUGAUGGGAGGCCAGGGCAGAAGGGUGAUGUGGGAGAGCCAGGGAGAUCGGCACCAAGGACGGGCAUCCGAGGACCCAAAGGAGACAAAGGUGAAUCAGGGCUUCCUGGCAUCCCAGGGAACCGGGGCUACCACGGUCCACCAGGGCUGCCAGGGAUGCCAGGGAUGCCGGGGCUCAAAGGGGCCAAGGGGAAUGCCGGCAGCUUCCAGCAGCAGCAGCAUCCUGCCUUCUCUGCCUCGCGGACGAUGUCGCUAUUCCGCGGCACCACGGUGGUGUUCAACAACAUCAUCACCAACGAAGAGAACUCCUACAGCCCCCAGACCGGGGAGUUCACCUGCAGCAUCCCCGGGAUUUACUACUUCGCCUACCAAGUGGUCUCCAACGGAGACCUCUGCCUGAGCAUCACCAAGAACGCGGAGCGCGUGGUCAGCUUCUGCGACAACAACAGCCGCAACAUCCUGCAGGUGAACUCGGGCAGCAGCGUGCUGAGCCUGGCCAUGGGCGACCGGGUGUCUGUGAACACCAUCCCGACGAAAGGCAACCUGAUAUACCACGGCUCCGAGGCAGACAGCGUCUUCAGCGGCUUCAUGCUGUACCCUCAGACGGGCUGAUGGACCGCCAGCCCUCUGAUUUGCCCAGACCAGAGCUGCUUAGCACCUGUGUGUGUGCCUGCAUGCGUUUGUGCCCUGCAAGGACGUGGGGUGGCCUGAUGUGACAGCAAAGGGGAUGGCCUCCAACUGAGCAGCAGAGGUCCCUUUUGCCUGCAGGAGCCAGGCAGCUCAGCCCAGUGCCUCCUGGAGGUCAAAGGCUCCUGGCUCCAUGCUCAGACCUCGUGCCAGAGGGGAUUACUUGUCACUGGCUCUCUGUGUGAAAUCACUGUGUGCCACUGCUUUUGCAUCUCUAACCACUGUAAGCGCGUCUCUGGCACAAGACCAGCAUCACCUCUCACGUCCUCCCCAUCACUGCAAAUAAACCUCUUCUUUCCUGA